UGGGUUCCCAGGCAUGCCACUGACCUGCUGCAUGACCCUGGGUGAGUCACAACCCCUCCGAACCUCUGUUUCUCUUCAACAGUGAGAAACCUGACCUAGAAGAUCUCCAGAGGCCCUCUGAACUCUUAGAAAUUGGGCUCUUUUGAUAGGCUUGAGGCAGGAGGGGGUCAGGAGCAGGGAGGGAAUUAGACCUCCUCACCUUCCCAGGGAUGGGGCUGAGCCAGGUGAUAUCACAAUGGGCAGUGCCCAUCCUGGAGGGGGCAUCAGUGUGGGGUGGGAGCAGGAAGGCUGUUGGGGAAGGAAGCUGAGAGAUCCUCUGCAGGAGGGGAUUAUAGCAGCUAAGGGCACCUGCCAGGCUGGAGGUGUGGCCUGUCUAGGGGAAGGGUGGUCACUGAUGUCCAGCAGGAGCCCUUGACAGGUAGAGCCCACCACGGCAUCUCCAAGACCACACCAUGUUCCUGUUCUCCCGUAAGACCAGGACCCCUAUCAGUACCUACAGUGACUCCUACAGGGCUCCCACCUCCAUCAAGGAGGUCUAUAAGGACCCACCCCUGUGUGCCUGGGAAGCCAACAAGUUUCUGACUCCGGGUCUGACUCAUACCAUGGAGCGACAUGUGGAUCCCGAAGCCCUGCAGAAGAUGGCCAAAUGUGCUGUACAGGACUACACUUACAGGGGGUCCAUAUCAGGCCACCCCUACUUGCCUGAGAAGUACUGGCUUUCUCAAGAGGAAGCAGACAAAUGCAGCCCAAACUACCUGGGCAGUGACCGGUACAACACAUGGAGGAUGGAACCUUACAACAGCAGCUGCUGCAACAAGUAUACCACCUACCUUCCUCGGCUGCCUAAGGCAGACAUGAUUCAAGGACGAUGUACUACCAAAACAACUCCUCCGGCUGCAGAAACCACGCUAGUUUAUAGAAACCUAUUCACCAAAAUGGCAUCCUGGUUAUAUGAAUGUCUUUGUGAAGCUGAACUUGCACAGUAUUAUUCUCAUUUCACUGCCCUUGGCCUUCAGAAAAUAGAUGAAUUAGCCAAGAUUACAAUGAAGGACUACUCCAAAUUAGGAGUCCAUGACAUGAACGACCGCAAACGUCUCUUCCAACUUAUCAAAAUUAUUAAGAUUAUGCAAGAAGAAGAUAAAGCAGUCAGUAUCCCAGAACGUCAUCUUCAGACAAGCAGCCUGCGCAUCAAAUCUCAGGAAUUAAGAUCUGGCCCUCGCAGACAGCUGAAUUUUGAUUCUCCUGCUGACAAUAAAGACAGAAAUGCCAGCAAUGAUGGGUUUGAAAUGUGCAGUUUAUCAGAUUUCUCUGCAAAUGAACAGAAGUCCACUUACCUAAAAGUGCUAGAACACAUGCUACCAGAUGAUUCCCAGUACCAUACAAAAACAGGAAUUCUGAAUGCCAUAGCUGGUGAUUCCGAUGUGCAAACAGAAAUCAGCACUUCACUCUUUUCACCAAAUUACCUUUCUGCAAUACUGGGGGAUUGUGAUAUUCCCAUUAUUCAAAGAAUCUCUCAUGUUUCAGGGUAUAACUAUGGAAUCCCUCAUUCUUGUAUCAGACAGAACACUUCAGAGAAACAGAAUCCUUGGACUGAGAUGGAGAAAAUCAGAGUUUGUGUUCGAAAACGCCCCCUGGGCAUGAGGGAGUUACGUCGUGGAGAAAUUAAUAUUAUUACUGUAGAAGACAAAGAAACUCUACUUGUGCAUGAGAAGAAAGAAGCAGUUGACCUCACUCAAUAUAUUCUGCAGCAUGUUUUUUAUUUUGAUGAAGUCUUUGGUGAGGCGUGCACCAAUCGGGAUGUAUACAUGAAGACUACUCACCCACUUAUUCAGCAUAUUUUCAAUGGAGGCAAUGCCACUUGCUUUGCUUAUGGACAGACAGGUGCUGGAAAGACCUACACCAUGAUAGGAACUCAUGAGAACCCAGGAUUGUAUGCUCUAGCUGCCAAAGAUAUCUUCAGGCAACUAGAAGUGUCCCAGCCAAGAAAGCACCUCUUUGUGUGGAUCAGCUUCUAUGAAAUUUACUGUGGACAGCUUUAUGACCUCCUAAAUAGAAGAAAAAGGCUCUUUGCAAGAGAAGAUAGCAAGCACAUGGUGCAGAUAGUGGGACUGCAAGAGCUUCAGGUGGACAGUGUGGAGCUCCUCUUAGAGGUGAUCUUAAAGGGCAGCAAGGAGCGCAGCACUGGGGCCACUGGAGUUAAUGCAGACUCCUCCCGCUCCCAUGCCAUCAUCCAAAUUCAGAUCAAAGAUUCAGCCAAGAGGACAUUUGGCAGGAUCUCUUUUAUUGACUUGGCUGGCAGUGAAAGAGCAGCAGAUGCAAGGGACUCAGAUAGACAGACAAAGAUGGAAGGUGCAGAAAUAAAUCAGAGUCUACUGGCUCUGAAGGAAUGUAUCCGAGCACUGGAUCAGGAACACACCCAUACUCCCUUCAGGCAAAGCAAACUAACUCAGGUCCUGAAGGACUCUUUCAUCGGCAAUGCCAAAACCUGCAUGAUCGCCAACAUCUCACCAAGCCACGUGGCCACUGAACACACUCUCAACACCUUGCGCUAUGCUGACCGGGUCAAAGAACUAAAGAAAGGCAUUAAGUGUUGCACUUCAGUUACCAGUCGAAAUCGGACAUCUGGAAACUCCUCUCCAAAACGAAUUCAGAGCUCCCCUGGGGCUUUGUCAGGGGACAAAUGUUCUCCCAAAAAAGUCAAGCUGGGAUUUCAGCAGUCACUCACAGUGGCAGCCCCUGGUUCCACGAGAGGGAAGGUCCAUCCUCUGACCAGCCACCCACCCAACAUUCCUUUUGCUUCUGCACCUAAGGUCUCUGGUAAAAGGGGUGGCUCCAGAGGGAGUCCUUCACAAGAGUGGGUCAUUCAUGCUAGCCCUGUGAAAGGAACUGUGCGCUCUGGACAUGUGGCCAAAAAAAAGGCAGAAGAGUCAGCACCAUUGUGCUCUGAGAAAAAUCGAAUGGGCAACAAAACUGUCCUUGGGUGGGAAAGCAGGGCCUCAGGCCCAGGAGAAGGCCUAGUGCGUGGUAAGCUGUCCACCAAGUGCAAGAAAGUGCAGACAGUGCAGCCAGUACAGAAGCAGCUUGUGUCUCGAGUUGAGCUCUCCUUUGGCAACGCCCACCACAGGGCUGAGUACAGUCAAGACAGCCAGAGGGGCACGCCUGCUAGGCCUGCCUCUGAAGCUUGGACAAACAUCCCGCCACAUCAGAAGGAGAGGGAGGAACAUCUGCGUUUCUAUCACCAGCAGUUCCAACAGCCACCUCUCCUCCAACAGAAGUUAAAAUACCAACCACUGAAAAGGUCUUUAUGCCAGUACAGGCCCCCAGAGGGUCAGCUCACGAAUGAGACUCCGCCUCUGUUCCACUCUUACUCUGAAAACCAUGAUGGAGCCCAAGUAGAGGAACUUGAUGACAGUGAUUUCAGUGAAGAUUCUUUUUCACACAUCUCUAGUCAGAGGGCCACAAAGCAAAGGAACACCCUGGAGAAUAGCGAAGACUCAUUCUUCCUGCACCAGACGUGGGGACAGGGUCCUGAGAAGCAGGUGGCAGAAAGACAGCAGAGUCUGUUUUCUAGCCCCAGGACAGGUGACAAGAAAGAUCUAACUAAAAGCUGGGUGGACUCCAGGGACCCCAUAAACCACAGAAGAGCAGCACUCGAUCACAGCUGCAGCCCAAGUAAGGGGCCCGUGGACUGGAGCAGAGAGAACUCUACUUCCUCAGGGCCUUCUCCCAGAGACAGUCUGGCAGAGAAGCCAUACUGUUCACAGGUAGAUUUCAUAUAUAGACAGGAAAGAGGUGGAGGCUCUUCCUUUGAUCUCAGAAAGGAUGCCUCCCAAAGUGAGGUUUCUGGGGAGAAUGAGGGCAACUUGCCAUCCCCAGAGGAAGAUGGUUUCACUAUCUCAUUGUCCCACGUUGCAGUUCCUGGAUCCCCAGACCAAAGAGACACAGUCACCACACCUCUGAGAGAAGUCAGUGCAGAAGGCCCAAUCCAGGUGACCAGCACUGUGAAAAACGGUCAUGCUGUCCCAAGAGAGGACCCUAGGGGGCAGUUAGGCACGCAUGCUGAAUAUGCUUCUGGACUCAUGUCUCCCCUCACCAUGUCCCUCCUGGAGAACCUAGACAACGAAGGGUCUCCUCCCUCGGAGCAGCUGGUCCAGGAUGAGGCUACACACAGUCUAGUGGCAGAGAGCACAGGGGGCCCAGUUGUGAGCCACACAGUGCCAUCUGGUGAUCAAGAGGCAGCCUUGCCAGUGUCUUCAGCAACUGGGCACCUGUGGCUGUCCUCAUCUCCCCCUGAUAAUAAGCCUGGUGGUGAUCUUCCAGCUCUGUCCCCAUCACCCAUCCGUCAGCACCCAGCUGACAAGCUGCCCAGCAGGGAGGCAGACCUGGGAGAGGCCUGCCAGAGCAGAGAGACUGUACUUUUCUCCCACGAACACAUGGGUAGUGAGCAGUAUGAUGCUGAUGCAGAGGAGACGGGGCUGGAUGGCUCCUGGGGUUUCCCAGGAAAGCCCUUCACCACCAUACAUAUGGGGGUACCCCAUUCUGGACCUACACUCACCCCACGAACAGGAAGUAGUGAUGUGGCUGACCAGCUCUGGGCCCAGGAGAGAAAACAUCCUACAAGGCUUGGUUGGCAGGAGUUUGGUUUGUCCACAGACCCCAUCAAGUUGCCCUGCAACAGUGAAAAUAUCACAUGGCUCAAACCCAGGCCGAUCUCAAGGUGCUUAGCAAGGCCAAGUUCUCCCUUGGUUCCCAGCUGCUCUCCCAAGACUGCAGGGACACUCCGUCAGCCCACCCUGGAGCAAGCGCAGCAGGUGGUCAUCCGAGCACACCAGGAACAGCUGGAUGAAAUGGCUGAGCUCGGCUUCAAGGAGGAGACGCUGAUGAGCCAGCUGGCUUCUAAUGAUUUUGAAGAUUUUGUGACCCAGCUGGAUGAAAUCAUGGUUCUGAAAUCCAAGUGUAUCCAGAGUCUGAGGAGCCAGCUGCAGCUCUAUCUCACCUGCCACGGGCCCACCGCAGCCCCUGAGGGAACAGUGCCGUCUUAGAGCCAGACCCUGUGCCGAGAUGGUGGGGGCCCUGCAGGAGUCUGUGCUGGGCUCUCAGGCUGGAGGAGCCUCUGCCAGGUCCUCCCUGCACACACCAGAACCCACACGCUGGUCCUGCCUAUGCUAGCGUCACCCCAGCCCCACGUGGCUUCAGAUAGGUCCCAGCUUCUCCCUCAGGGCCAGGCCCCUGUCCCUCAGUUCCAUGCACAGGAGUGCCUCCAAGGGUGGGCCAGGCCGAAGAACCUAAUGCCUUUCCCUUGUGCCUAGAGAAUAUGAUUAACUGACCCCUUGCCUGUGGGAAUAUAUUUGGGUCUAAUAACCCUGAAGUUUCUAAGUUUGGGGAUCAGAGGAUGGGGUGGUCAGUGGUAGCCUAGAGGUCAGAGGUCACAAGACAGAGAAGACAACAUGCUGAGACCAGAGGCUUCACCAGCUGAAUUCUGUGCCUAACUUAGAAGACUAAACACUGGCCCAAACUUAAACAUUGGUGCUAGGGGGACGGGUGGGGUGAGCUCUGCCCCAUCAGCCCUUGGAGAUUGAUUUGGGGAUUUAGAGGCGUUUUUGAAAAUGUAAAUAGCAUAAACCUUGACUUGAUGUGUCACUGACAGCAGCAGAUGUGAGACAGGCCUUAUAUUUACAGCUCCCUUCCCUUCCUGCAAUCCACUGUUGAAGCAGAAGAGGGUGCCUGUGUCACACAUCAAUUUUUCUCCUGACUUUUGCUUGGGUAAAAGGCCUCUGUACAAUGCCCGAUACUCUCAUGCUUCCAUGGCAGCUCCUGGCUCCUAUCUGGGACACCUCACUACCCAGCCCCCUCAUGGAAUAGUCCAUCUCCUAGCCUGGCCUUCAUCCAGUUCACCCUGCCCAGCCACCCUGCCUCUCAGGGGUCUGUGUUGGGAACCUUGGCAGUUGAACAGAGUGCUCUGUUCAACAGUCUGAGGCCUCUGAAACAGAAUUCACACACAAACCUUCAGCCAAGUUCUGCCUGCUGUGUAUCUUUUUAGCAGGAGGCAGCUCAGGACAGGGAAGACAAAGUAGCCUCCAGGUGCCAAUUACUUUAAAGCCACUCUGGGUCAAAUGCAGAUUCAUGAGUCACGGCCUUGGCCCGAACGCCCAUUACUAUGUGAGCUUUUAUUUCCUUCAGAUAAAGGAUAACUUUUUAUGGUUUUAAGAGGGCUUAAUUAAAAGGCCAAGAAGAGGGUUAAAUGGCUCUCUUGAGACACUAGCAGCCUGGUCCAGUCAGUCACCCUUUGUCAGCCUGACAGGGCCUCAUCUGACCGCCAGGGGGCAUCCUUAUUGGUGCUUCCCGGCCGCAGGGCACUGCGGCCCCUCCCUCACAUGAUCACUAAAAACCUUAAAAGACCCAGUCUAGCCAAAAGCUCAAGUGGGACAAUGGCACAAUAUUAAGGUCAAGGACAAAAACUUACUUUAGGAAUGAACCCUGUUCUAUCAUCAUAUACAACAGCACCACUGAGAGCUGGUGAAACAGUUUAAAUCCCGUCCUCUGCUUGUGGCAAAUGAUGCAUAAAUGCCUGCUGCUCACAGUAAAAGGGCUUCUUCCUCUUUUACUGGGUGAUCCCCCUGAAGGCCCAGCCUAUCCCAACUCCACAGUCAGGAAGGCCUACGUCCUUGGUCCACAGACGGAGCUGGGUCAGGUUUAAAAGACUCAGUCUAGGCUUGCCUUUGCAAACCAAAAACGAGGACAGGUCUGAAGUGGGAAGAAAGCUCCGAAACAGAAAACGGUUAGGUCCUAUUCUAUCCCCAGCAAAUCUAAGCAAGAAAUCUCCUCUUUAUACACCACAUGGCCCCCCCACUCCCAUAAAAAAGCCUUGGUAAUAAAGAAGUUAUCACACCAAGACAUACCUUUUAGAUUUUUAUUAGUAGUUCUCUCUGAAGAAUCAAAUAGUUAGCAAAUUAUUUUAGAUUCAAGACUGUAUAUCCUUUGUAUUUAGAUCUUUAAUGAUGUACAACAUAAUACAAAACAAACCAGAGAGACUGA